AACCAUAAACCUAUAAUGGGAGAUCAUAACAAAUAUUCACAAACAAGAAACCUCUACUUUCAUUCAUUCAAGGUUCAAAAAAGACAUUCAGUUAUCAAUCUUUCUUCUCAAAGCUAUUGUGGGUUGUUCUUGAAAUUUAUCCAUUCUAUAAUGGGAGAUCAUAAGAAUGUCGAAGUUCCUCCAUUUUUCGUAUGUCCCAUCUCUUUAGAACUCAUGAAAGACCCUGUAACACUCUCUACAGGGAUCACCUAUGAUCGAGAAAGCAUUGAGAAAUGGUUAUACGCUAAGAAGAACAACACUUGUCCGGUGACAAAACAGGUCCUUUCAGAUCUAGAUCUUACACCAAAUCACACCCUUCGUAGAUUGAUCCAAUCUUGGUGCACCCUUAAUCCGUUGUCUGGUGUUGAAAGAGUCUCCACGCCUCGGAUUCCGAUUUCCAAAUCCGAAAUUCUUAAACUCCUCAAAGAUUUGAAGUAUCCGAAUCUGCAAAUGAAGUCGUUGAAGAGAUUGAAAGUGAUUGUUUUGGAGAACGAAACAAAUAAGAGGUCAAUGGAGGCGGUUGGAGCUGUUGAUUAUCUCGCUCAUAUCUUAAGCGACCAGAAGAAUGUGACGUCAUCUUCACCGGCCGCAGAAGACUCCGACGUGGAAGGUUUCGAGCUGGUGACGCCGGCUGACGAAGCUCUAGGUAUCCUUUACCACAUGCAACUGUCUCAAACUGGGCUUCAGGGUUUGUUUGCAAAGACUGGUGAUUUCGUUGAGACGUUAACGAGCGUGAUGCAACGCGCCGCCAACUAUGAGUCACGUACAUACGCCGUCAUGUUGUUGAAAUCGAUGUUUGAGGCCACCAGCCAGAAUAUGCAAGUGACGUCGUCGUUGAAGCCUGAGUUCUUCAUGGAGUUAGUCAAGAUUUUGAACGAUCAGAUUUCCCAAAAAGCCACAAUAGCGACAUUGAAGUUACUCAUUAACGUUUGUCUAUGGGGGCGGAAUAAGAUAAGAGCGGCGGAGGCAGCGGCGGUUCCGGCAUUAAUUGACCUCCUACUAGAUUCCUCCGACAAGAGGCUUUCAGAGAUGGUAUUAUUGGCGUUAGACCUGCUAUGUCAGUGUGCUGAAGGGAGAUCGGAGCUGUUGAAACAUGGUGCAGGUUUGGCCGUUGUUUCUAAAAAGAUAUUCAGGAUUUCACAGUUGGCCAGCGAUAGGGCGGUGAGGAUAUUGCAUUCAGUGGCGAAGUUUUCCGGCAACACCACUGUGGUGACGGAGAUGUUGCAUCUAGGAGUGGCGGGGAAGCUUUGUUUGGUGCUGCAAGUAGAUUGUGGUAGCAAGAUGAAGGAGAAAGCUAUGGAGAUCUUGAAGAUGCAUGCUAGGGUUUGGAACAAUUCUUCUUGUAUACCCAGUAAUCUACUUAUAUCAUAUCCAUCAUAAAACAAAAUUUGAGAUUUUAGGGUAGAUAAUUUGACGACAUUUUAAACAUUUGAUUUAACUGAUUGUAUACAUAUAUACUUUGAGAUUUUAGUCAUUUGAAAAGAACAACGUGACUAAAAACUCACAAUGUAAUACUUGAUAGAGGUUCAAUUUAUUCAAGAUUUGUGGAUCCAUAGGAAACAAAAGUAAAGAGUUCAUUCGGUUGUAAUUUUCAUCUAUAUUUUCUUAAUUAUUUCCAGGCCAUUAAAUAAAGCUAUAUAUAAAUCUUACGAGUUUAAUU